AUGGCGGAUACAAACUCCUGGCAGUCCAUCACCCAGCGCAAGCGAGAUACCCUAGAUGCCCUUUUGCCCGCGGACUUUCGUCUUAAACAUGUCCCGUCUGCCGAGGAACAAAAGGACGUAACACAGUAUAUUCAGCAGUUCCUUUCGACGAGUGAGCUGGAUAUCACUGAGAAUCACUCGGCAGCGGCCUUGGUCGACAAGCUAGCCACCGGCGCCUUGUCCGCUACAGAUGUGACCAGGGCCUUCUGCCACCGUGCUACCAUUGCCCAUCAGCUGGUCAACUGUCUCAGUGAGGUCCUAUUCUCGCAGGCAUUGGCUCGCGCGCAGGAACUUGACGAGUAUCUCCGCGUCAAUGGGAAGCCUGUUGGGCCCCUCCAUGGCUUGCCGAUCUCUCUGAAAGAUCAGUUCCGCGUAAAGGAUGCGGAAACAUCAGUAGGAUAUGUCGCAUGGCUGGGCAAGGUCGAGACUGAGGAAACUGAGUCGUGGGUGGUGAAGGCACUGAAGGACAUGGGCGCAAUUGUUUUCGCCAAAACCAAUGUUCCGACCAGUCUAAUGUGCAUUGAGACCAACAAUAACAUUGUUGGCUACACCACGAACCCCCACAACCGACUGCUCUCCUCGGGCGGUUCCUCUGGUGGCGAGGCAGCUCUUUUGAGCUUACGGGGAAGCAUACUCGGACUCGGCUCCGACGUUGGCGCCUCUAUCCGUUUACCGUGCGCAUUCACAGGCAUAUCAGGAUUGAAGCCGUCCCACGGCAGACUGCCGUACCUAAACGUGGCGAACAGCAUGGAGGGCCACGAUACUGUUCCAUCUGUUAUUGGCCCGAUGGGCCACACCAUUUCGGACCUUCGACUAAUAACCCAGAGUAUUCUCUCUAGUCAGCCCUGGCUUCACGACCCCAAGGUUAUCCAUUUACCGUGGCGUGUGGACACGGAGGACGAGGUUCGACAGAGUGUGGCUUCGAAAACCCUGACCUUUGGCGUGCUCAGAACCGACGGUGUCAUUCAGCCGCACCCUCCUGUAACUCGAGCAAUCAACGAGACCGUCCAGGCCCUGAAGGCGGCAGGGUAUGAGGUGAUUGAGUGGACGCCACCUCCCCAUGCGGAGGCGUUCCAGAUAUUGUGGAAUGCUUUUGCUGCGGAUGGCGGAAUCGAUAUCCACAAAACCCUACAGCAAAGCGGCGAGCCUCCGGUUCCCCAGCUGUCAGUGUCCUACGGAGAGGCCCUGGGCCAUCUCCCAGUUGGCACGGUGAAUGACCUGUGGGCAAACCAACGAGCCAAGUAUGAUUAUCAGGCCCGUUAUCUCAGCUAUUGGAACUCGACGGCCGACCAGACUCGCUCCGGCCGGCCCGUGGAUGCCAUUAUCGCUCCUGCAACCCCAACGGCCUCCCACAAGCCCUCGGAUGGCAUCUACCCUGGCUACACGGGUGUUUACAAUGUCCUCGACUUUAGUGCUGCGGUGAUUCCAGUGACAAAGGUGGACCGGGCGGUGGAUGCGAGGAUCGACGACUACAACCCGUCUGGCGACUUUGACUCUGCAAUCUGGAAGCAGUGUAUGUAUCCUAUUUCGAAAUCCGUUUACUGUCCUUGCUGA